AUGCCAUUUCAGAAGAGAGGGUCGAGCUUUAGACAGAUGGGCUUCCAUCUCGAGAGUAACAGCGCUGACGGGUUCUUCGAAUACGAUCGUAACACAAACAAUAGGCAGCCAGAAAGUCUUUACUGGAUAUCAGAAAACCCCAGAUCCGAAAAACUUACGGUUAGAAGGAAUACAGCUAUUAUGGUACAAAAACCUCCUCAAAUCCGGAUAGAUUUCAACCCACCGGCACAGUCACCAUUAAGUCCAUUACAUUUUGAUUGGGAUUUUAACGAGAACUCGGCGAGCGGGAGUGUGGAAGAAAGUGUGGAUGAUGAUCAUGGGGACGGGAGUACCUCGAAGCUAACAAAGGUUAAAUCGACUCCGAUUGGAGACAAUAAUGGUUCUUUAUCCAAGUCUAUACCCAAAUCGAAAAGUUGCAUUUCAUUGGGAGAUGGAGAUGGAGAUGGAGAUGGAGAUGGAGAUGGAGAAGGAGAAGGAGAAGCUCAUUCUUUACCACUCGUACCAACAUCGAUAAAUAAUAAUCAGCAUCAUAAUCGUCAGCCCCGUUAUCAUUAUUUCCCCCAAACCCUGGCGCCCCCAAAAGUCGACUCAGGUGAUGCACAAGUAGCAACACAAGCGCAGACUUGCAGGUACAGAUGCAGGACUGCAGCUGGCGUGGUAUUUUCAGAAAAAGAAAGUCCGCAGCAGGCACAAGGAAAAAUUAACUUGACGUUACAUUCUGAAAAGAGAGAGGCGCAAGCUACCUCGUCAGAUCAGCUUAUGGACGUGAAAGGAUCAACUAUUAAUCUCUUUCAUAAUCCAAAAAAUACUUUCUCAUUGUUGUCUAAUCAUCUUAUUAAUGACAAAGGAAAUCCAACUCCUACUAUAACUAGUGGUAUUCCUGGUAUACCCAUAUCUACAUCUAUAUCUAAUAAUAUUCCUAUUAUUCCUAAUAAUACCAGCCCAAAAUUAAUACGGUCGACGAAAUCAUACGAUCGAUUUAUUCUCAAAUCAUCAUCCAAGGACAAAACAUUUUUUCCAUUUUAUCAGCACCAAAAUCAACAUCUGCAGCCAUUUCAGCAGUCAUCAUCAUCAUCAUCAUCAUCAUCAUCAUCAUCAUCAUCAUCAUCACAAGAACCACCACAAGAACCACCACAAGAACCAUCACCACAACAACCACAACAACCACAACAACCACAACAACCAUCACCACAACCCCGACAACCACACCACCAAAAUCCAAAAUCAAUAUCAACAUCUGCUUCAUGUUCAAAUCUCAAAAGCAUGGUCGAAUUUACCGAUAAUGUUCAUCAAUUAAUUCGAGAGACGGAUGAAGCAUUUCAAGCGGCCGGAUUUGCUUUAGGUGAUGCAAAGGCUGCGACGCGAGGAUUCCAACAAUUCAAUAGUAGUAAAGUGAGUAAGAUCACUGGUGUGAAUAUGGGUAUGGUGGGUAUGAACAUGAACAAUCCCAUCAUUACCCGACAAAAUCGAUCAAUUGGAAAUAAUAAAUCCAUCGCACGGACCAAUUCAAUCUCGAAGCGCAAUCAAAUGCAGAGUUCCAACAGUUUGAAAGAACGUCCACUGUCAAUUGGUCUUUCUGGAAAAUCCCCAGUACCAAAAUCUAUCAUCAACUCAAAAGCAAAGAAAUCGAAUUCUCCAAAACAGAAGAAAACAACUGUGUCGGAUAAGGCUUCGAGGAAGAGUUUACCACAUCCACAUUCGAGUGCGAGAUGGAACUUGGGAGAUGUGACAGCCAGUAUGGCUGAUGUUUUCAAAGGGAAAUUUACCAGAUUGGAGGCCGAUGAGAUGUUAACUCCGGAUAGAUUACAACAACUAGAAGAGAAGGCGGAAAGGGCAAAGUUGGAAAAUGAAAGAAAAGCUUCAUUAGAAAAUGCUCAAGUUGAAGCCGCUCGAAAUGUUGAGACUGUUAAAGAUGGGGAUGGGACUUUUUCAAUGGAAAACCCACAUAAAAGAGAUGGGGAUAAGAUUCUUGAUACGAAUAUCAUAUCAUCAUUGGACAACUCAAAUAGAGUAUCUCCAACUGAACCAUUUCAUUUGGAGAAUUUGUUACCUCGAAUCAACAAUGAGAAAACAUACAAUUCGCCAUCAAUUACCACUUCCUCUUCACCACGACCAUCUACAUCCACAGAUACAUCUGAAUCUUCAGAGAAAGAACAAAAAGCCGCUCGGAAGCCAUUACCCGAUCGACCAGAUCCCGACUAUGAUGAAAUCGAUGCCCUCGAAAUCGAACAAGCAUUCGAAGAUCUUCAUUUUCCCUCUCCACCCCGCGAUCCUCCACAUUCUCCCCCACGACUCCCACGAAGUCGAUCAAACACAGGAAUGACCAAUCUUUUGCCUACCAUUCCCGAAAUCUCCCCCCUUAACAUGAUAUCCCCACGAACGCCUAAACGAACUUUUUCUCAAGACUCGGAUUAUUCACAAGAUUCAAGCACUUCUUCAGUGGAUUAUAUCCAACUACCUUCCACACCCUAUACACUCACCUCUCCACUUUUCCGUCACGGUCCCAUCCGUCUCGAACAUGCCUAUCACCGGCACAAUCGCGAUUCCAUCUCGGCGCCUGAUCUCGAAGAAGCACUCGAUUGGACUGCAUUCCAAAUGGCCAUUUCCGGAACCAUGGACGAUGGCACAAUAGGCGCCAGCGAAGAAAGUAUCUGGGAAGCAGACGAAGCCGAAAUCGAUAGUAUCUUCGACUGGUGGAGUGGAUUUGGAUACCCUGGAAUCGGUCGUCUAGUCAAAGAAGCUCCUAUCUCGAGACGCAAACGAGGAAAAAGUCUCGUGGCUAACGAUGCGGAAAAAUGUCCCCGCAAAAUUAAAGAAGGGAGAGAUAAUCGCGCGACGACUAUUGGACUUGGACUAGGAUUUGGUCUUCCUAGCGGUAGUCAUAGUGGCAGACCUAAAACUCCUGAAUAUAGGGGUGGACUAUGGGUGGAAACUAUUCGCAAUAGUGCGCCACAAGUUGUUGAGCACAGAUUUGGAUCAACAGCAGGAGCUAGAAGAGAUACUAUGCUCCAAAUGCGUGUCCCGGAACCAAAAAUCGACAACGAUGAGGAUGAUAAUGAUAGUUUACCGCCUUCGCCGAUCAAUCUGGUUAAGAUUAAGGAUGAGUAUAUUCCUAUGGGUUAUAAUCUCGGACAUGAUCUGGGAGAUUUUUUGAAUUGGGAAACUUAUCAUGUGCAAAGUCUUUUUGGGGAGGAUGAGGGGAGGAGUUAUAUGUAAUAAUUUUUUUUGGUGGAUGGGUGGAGAUGAGGAGUAGUGUUUAGGGAGGGGAGGGAAGCGAUGUUGUAAUUAUAGAUGUAUUGAAUGAAUGAUGGGCUGAAUGGAUGGAUGUUUAGGAAAGGCUUGGUGUUAAAAUUGGUGUAUGAGUAUGAGUAUGGAUAUGGAUAAGGAUAGGAAUAGGGAUAGAGAUAUGAUGGGAGUUGAAUAGGAGUUGGAUGAGGUUGUAGAGAUAGUAUAUACCUAAUGAGAAAUGUAUUAAAAUAUAUAUUA